AGAAAGCAGCGCGCACGUCGCUGAGGCCUCACAGCUGCUCGGACACGCGAAGGAAAUAAACACCGAGAAGUUUGACUCCAGUUCGACUCUGGUUCGACUCCAGUUCGACUCCGGUCUGACUCCAGCGGCUCCUCCUCGUUCUAACACAGCUCACCAGUCAAACCACGACUCGCUCCUCAUCAUGGCGACCGCUGCGGUGUCUGCCCCCGCCGGAUGCGGCCCCAGCCCCGGGUCCGGGACCGAGCUCGUCCGCGGCCAGGCCUUCGACGUCGGGCCUCGGUACAGCAACCUCUCCUACAUCGGGGAGGGAGCCUACGGGAUGGUGUGCUCCGCCUACGACUGGGACAACAAGUUCCGCGUGGCCAUUAAGAAGAUCAGCCCCUUUGAGCACCAGACGUAUUGUCAGCGCACUCUGAGAGAAAUCAAGAUCCUCCUGCGCUUCAAACACGAGAACAUUAUCGGGAUCAACGACAUCAUCCGCACGCCGACCAUUGACCAGAUGAAGGACGUAUAUAUUGUCCAGGAUCUCAUGGAGACAGACCUGUACAAGCUCCUGAGGACUCAACACCUGAGCAACGACCACAUCUGCUACUUCCUCUACCAGAUCCUACGUGGGCUCAAGUACAUCCACUCUGCCAACGUCCUGCACCGCGACCUGAAGCCUUCCAACCUCCUGCUCAACACCACGUGUGACCUCAAGAUCUGUGAUUUUGGCUUGGCUCGCGUGGCUGAUCCCGACCACGAUCACACUGGUUUCCUCACAGAGUACGUUGCCACUCGUUGGUACCGAGCACCUGAGAUCAUGCUCAACUCCAAGGGCUACACCAAGUCCAUAGACAUCUGGUCAGUGGGUUGCAUCCUGGCUGAGAUGUUGUCCAACAGGCCAAUCUUUCCUGGAAAACACUACUUGGAUCAGCUCAACCACAUUUUGGGAAUCCUUGGUUCUCCCUCUCAGGAGGAUCUCAACUGCAUCAUCAACAUCAAGGCCAGGAACUACCUGUUGUCGCUGCCCUUGCGCUGCAAAGUGCCGUGGAACCGCCUCUUCCCCAACGCUGAUCCAAAAGCUCUGGACCUGUUGGACAAGAUGUUGACCUUUAACCCUCACAAUAGGAUCGAGGUAGAGGAGGCCCUGGCUCAUCCUUACCUGGAGCAAUACUACGACCCCACAGAUGAGCCCGUCGCUGAGGCUCCGUUCAAGUUUGACAUGGAGCUGGACGAUCUACCCAAAGAGAAGCUGAAGGAGCUCAUCUUUGAAGAGACUGCACGUUUCCAGACCGCCUUCAGAUCCUAACAUCUCACACAGAUUUCUGUGGACUGGCCUCUGCGUUGCCACUGCUCCUCCCUGCCUCCACUCUGUUGCUGUGAUACAUAUAUAUAUGUGUGUGUGU